AUGAGCGAAGAUAAAGGUAACGAAAUCAUUGACCCUUCUAAGGUAAAGCCAGGAUUUUGUUCUGCAACCUGCGUUGAUCGGGAAAGCCUUCAAAAUGAAAUUAGUAAACCAGAAAUAAAGACUUCGGACAAGUUCCUUACUUGCAAUCUUCCCAAGAGAUUCGAACAUCCACAUUGGUUCAACGGAUAUGGAUGUCAAGUUAGUAAACAACAUCCGUUCUAUAGAACAUCCUCCAGUGAAUACGGGUGGUAUCCUCCAGGUAUAUAUUCGGUCCCAUCCGUAUUCUUCCCAGCCGGGCAGACGUUCACCAACCGGCUCUCCGCCGCUGGCAUGUACCGGAAUUAUAGUUUGAACACUGGCAUGGAUCCCCCGGGCUACACUUAA